AAUCAUUCCAAACUUUGCUACAACAUUCAUGGAGAGGCCAAACGAAGACAACGCAGUCGAAGUCGUAGACGAAGAAGAAGAAGAGAGGAGGAAGAGCUGACAGUGGAGCAGAUAUUCGAGAAGAAGGAGAAGGUGGUGCCAUGGAGGCAGCAGCUGACAGUGAGGGCAUUCGCCGUCAGCUUCCUUUUGUCGAUCAUGUUCUCCUUCAUAGUGAUGAAGCUCAACCUCACCACCGGAAUCAUCCCUUCCUUGAACGUCGCAGCCGGCCUCUUGGGCUUCUUCUUCGUCAAGAUCUCCACCAAGCUGCUCGACACCCUCGGCCUCUCGAGCCAGCCCUUCACGCGCCAGGAAAACACAGUCAUUCAGACCUGCGUCGUUGCAGCCUCCGGCAUUGCCUACAGUGGAGGGUUUGGGAGCUAUCUGUUUGCAAUGAGUGAACUUAUCGUGCAUCAAUCGGAACCUAGCUCGUCGGAUUACAAGAAUCCGAAGCUAGGGUGGAUGAUCGGUUUCCUCUUCGUCGUCAGCUUCCUCGGCCUCUUCUCUCUCGUCCCUCUCCGAAAGAUGAUGAUCAUCGACUUCAAAUUGACAUACCCUAGUGGCACUGCUACAGCUCAUCUCAUCAAUAGCUUCCACACCCCUCAAGGAGCCAAACUAGCAAAGAAACAGGUGAGGGAACUGGGGAAAUUCUUCUCCUUGAGCUUCAUGUGGAGUUUCUUCCAAUGGUUCUUCACUGCUGGCAACGAUUGUGGAUUCCAAAAGUUCCCUACGUUUGGACUCCAAGCACUGCAACACAAGUUCUACUUCGAUUUCUCAGCUACUUACAUUGGAGUGGGCAUGAUUUGUCCCCAUAUAGUCAAUAUAUCCCUUCUAAUUGGUGGAAUUCUUUCUUGGGGCAUCAUGUGGCCUCUCAUCCAAACAAGAAAAGGCCAUUGGUACUCCGCCGAUCUCGAUCCUUCCGACAUCCAAGCCCUCAAAGGCUAUCAGGUUUUCAUUGCCAUAGCUCUGAUUCUGGGAGAUGGGCUCUACAACUUCGGCAAAGUCCUGAGCCAGACCAUCGCCGGCAUGACCGCCAUGAUCAUACAGAGGAGAAACCCUCAGCUCCCCACCGGCGCCAAGAACCCCCUCUCCUCCGAUGACGAGCGCCGCACCGCCGUCUUCCUCAAGGACCAAAUCCCGACCUCCCUCGCCGUCGGCGGCUACGUCGCCAUCGCCGCCGUCUCCACGGCGACGCUCCCCCACAUCUUCCCCCACCUGAGGUGGUACCACGCCGCCGUCAUCUACGUCUCCGCCCCCGCCCUCGCCUUCUGCAACGCCUUCGGCGCCGGCCUCACCGACUGGUCCCUGGCCUCCGCCUACGGCAAGCUGGCCAUCUUCACGGUGGGCGCGUGGGCGGGGGCGUCCCAAUCCCACGGCGGCGCCCUGGCGGGGCUGGCCGCGUGCGGCGUCAUGAUGAACAUCGUCUCCACCGCGUCCGACCUCAUGCAGGACUUCAAGACGGGCUACAUGACGCUCGCCUCGCCGCGGUCCAUGUUCGCCAGCCAGGCCGCCGGCACCGCCAUGGGCUGCGUGGUGGCGCCCUGCGUCUUCUGGGUGUUCUACGCCGCCUUCCCCCUCGGCGACCCCGGCGGCGAGUACCCGGCGCCCUUCGCCGUCAUCUACUACGAGAUGGCCAAGCUCGGCGUGGGGGGAUUCUCGGAGCUGCCGCGCAACUGCCUCAGCCUGUGCUACGGGUUCUUCGCGGCGGCGGUGGCGAUCAACCUGGUGAGGGAUGGGGUGGGGGGGAGGGGGGCGAGGUUCGUGCCGCUGCCGAUGGCCAUGGCGGUCCCCUUCUACUUGGGCUCGUAUUUCGCCGUGGAUAUGUGUGUCGGGAGCUUGAUCUUGUAUGUGUGGCAGAGGCGGGAUAGGGCCGCCGCGGAUGCGCUGGCGCCGGCGGUGGCGUCGGGGUUGAUCUGUGGGGAUGGGCUGUGGGCGCUGCCUAACUCGAUUCUUGCUCUGGCCGGGGUGGAGCCGCCCAUAUGCAUGAAGUUCCUCAGCAAGGCUGAUAAUAAAAGGGUUGAUGCUUUUUUGUAGGAUAUAUAUUAAUCUAAUCCUACAAAUUAAAUACUUUCUUGCUUCAUGUUUUUAUCUACGAAUGCAAUAAGAGAUUAAGAUCGGAAUUAGCAUCACCUUAAUUGUAAUUACG